AAGAGUUGAGCCUGCAUUCCACUGCUGCGGAAACCACACACACACACACACACACACACACACACACACACUUUAACGUCACACACUCAUCAUUCCAGAGCCACGCUGAGAAUCAGAGCAGAGCUGAGCGAUGCUACCGGCUGGCAGCCACUGACAGCAGCAGCCUUCUGGACCGCAGAGAACUCUGCAGUGACCUGCUCCUGCAGUCAAGACUGCUCCUAAUCCAGGAGCCUUCAGAGAAAAGGGAACCUGACUCUGAGCGCCGCCGCCACUGCUGCUGAAACACAAACCCGCCAGCCGUCCCCGACACCCGGAAGAACGCAGGCGAGAUGCUGGCUAAAAUCCUCAAGGACAUGUGGGUGGACCCGGAGGUGCUGGAGGCCCUCAACGAGGAGCAGAAGCAGAUCCUCUUCCUGAAGAUGAGACAGGAGCAGGUACGCCGCUGGAAGGAACGAGAAGAGAAGGAGACGAGGGAAGGAGGGGACAGCUACAGACCCAGAAAAGUUUACAGAAAACGUGUGACCUGGCUGCUUGGCCGGGAUGGAGACGUGAGCGUGAGCAUCAUUGGAGAGGAAGAUGAAUUCAGGUCUUGCAAACUCCUCAAGAACCUCAACAGACUCCACAGUGAUAGUAUGAAUGGCAUCCAGACGGUGGACUUGCUGCCAGAAAGAGAGGCCCAGCAGCUCAGCUUCAAAGACGGCAUCAAGCUGCCCGUCACAGAUAUCAAUACACAGGAAGACUCGACGUCAGCAGAAGACCAGUCGUCUGAGGAGGACUCCCGCAGCGCGGACAACCUGAAGGACCCCGCUGAGGACAGCAGCGACUGUGAGUCAGGCAGCGGCUCGGACUGCGUUAGCGUUGUUUUCUACAGGCCCCAUCACUGUAACCAUGGCAACCAGCCGCUCAAAGCCCCACCGUUAGACACAGAGAUGGCCAGCAUACAGGACAGAGAAACGCCCCCUCACAGUGAGAGGUCAGAAUGCAGUGGUCACGUGGCGCAACUCAGGAGGGUGUUCACGGAUGAUCCUCACAGGAAACCACCUACCUGCUGGAAACCGCCCAUACCUGCCAAACCUGCUCAUCUGCAGAGAGGAGCCCAACACUGAUCCACCCGAACUCGGUGUGAUUCCGCCCUGCAGCAGGACAAGAACUUAGAGCUCAGUUACACUGCAGCAGUCCUCUGUGGAACCAGAUGCACCGAUCAUCUUUAGCUUUACAGGAUCUAAGGUGAAGGACUCACCUGCAGACAGAGAAGAGCUGGACUGAGGCUGUGCACUAAACUCAGACUUUAUGAAACCACUUUCAGCUGAUUUUCAGACUAUGAUGUUGACAAAGUGGUGGAAACUGAAGUGUACACGCCACACAGACACAAUCAAUGUAACUUAUCCCUGCACUGGUUUUAUCGCUGCUGAUACUCACUGGAACGGAGCCUUUCUUUCAAGUGACGUGGGAGGUCUGGGGAAUCCAACAAAGCAAAUAAAUUCACUGAAAGCAUUCAAACACACUGGAUAUAUUCUACCUCUGGGCUAAGGGGCAUCUUCAUACCAGUUUUCUCAUGAACCACACAUGUUUGGCUUGGUGUUUGCUGAAGAACAGUUCAUUCAACUGACAAUUAUUUUUGAGGGGCACAAUGAUUAUUGGUUCAUUUGUAAUUGAACAAAGCAGACUUUACAACUACACUUGUAACAUGAAAAUAAAAACCAUGCAAUUUAAUUAUGACA